AUGGUCUGGCGGACAUGGCAACACCCUUUCACUGCAAUUAUCCAUUCGCCAACCGCGCCUCCUAAUUCUGCAGACAAACAGCUACGUAUUCGAUACAUUGGCCUUUGCUACCGGUUUUCCACCAUGAGCACCACGCAGACUGUCACGCAGCAGCCCGAGAUCACAGCAGAGAAUGUUCUUCGCCUCUUCCCUGAAGUAAACACAACCCUCAUCGGAGGAUCGCACAACUCGGCCACCAGCGACAAUGCGCUCCAAGGAUACGACGAGGAGCAGAUCCGCCUCAUGGACGAGGUCUGCAUUGUGCUGGACAACGACGACGUCCCUAUCGGCAGCGCGACAAAGAAACUCUGCCACUUGAUGGAGAACAUCGACAAGGGGCUCCUCCACCGCGCUUUCUCCGUGUUCCUAUUCGACUCCCAGAACCGCCUACUCCUCCAGCAGCGCGCGACGGAAAAGAUCACAUUCCCGGACAUGUGGACAAACACAUGCUGCUCGCACCCGCUUGGCAUACCCGGAGAGACUGGCGUAGGGCUCGAGGAGUCGGUUCAGGGUGUGCGUCGCGCCGCGGUGCGCAAGCUGGAACAUGAGCUGGGCAUCAAGCCUGAGCAGGUUCCCAUUGACGACUUCAAGUUCCUUACGCGGAUACACUACAAGUCGCCUAGUGACGGCAAGUGGGGCGAACACGAGAUCGACUACAUCCUCUUCAUCAAGGCCGAUGUUGACCUUAAUGUCAACCCCAACGAGGCCCGGGACUCGCGAUUUGUUUCCCAGGAGGACCUCAGGACCAUGUUCAAGGACAAGUCGCUCAAGUUCACGCCGUGGUUCAAGCUUAUUUGCGAAAGCAUGCUGUUCGAAUGGUGGGACCACCUGGAUUCUGGUCUGGAACAGUAUAUGGGAGAGACAGAGAUUCGGCGUAUGUAAAGACAAGCAGAAUACCCAUAGUGACACUCUUUAGACCAAUUGAGUUUCUCGAACCUAGAA